AUGCUUUUCGUGUGUGAAAAGGCAAAAGAAGUUUGGGACCUUGCCAAUAUUCCAUUACCUCAAAAUGGUUUUUCAAGGAACUCUGUAUUCCUAAACUUCUUACAUCUCUUGAAGAUAUACAACUCAAAUGAGGGAGAUCCCAAUACGCGUAGUGUUUUCCCUUGGCUUGUAUGGGAAGUAUGGAAGGCGAGGAAUGCAUUGGCCUUUGAUAACAAGACGGUAUCGGCCUACACCAUUGCAUCGAGGGCCUUUGAGGAAGCUUCCUCAUGGCAGAAGACCAUGAUCCUUAAGACAAACACGGAGAUAGUAGAUGUUGUGGUAAGAACAGAAGAAAAUAUUGGAUGGAUUAAGCCACCGUCUGGGUGUUUGAAGUGUAACGUGGGUUCAUCAUGGGUAGACCCCCACCACCCGAGUGGAGCUUCGUGGAUUCUACGUGGAGAAGAUGGUCAAACCAUUAUGCAUAGCAGACGUUCAUACUCCUUCAUGCGAUCCAAAGCGGAAGCAGAUCUAUGGGCAAUGCUCUGGGCGGUGGAAUGCAUGCAUAACACUCACCAAGUCAACGUUAUCUUCGAAGCUUCAUCUGAACAACUCCAUAAUGUUCUUUGUGAGCCAUUGCACCACCUUGAGUUCACUGGGGUGGUGCAAUCUAUAAACCAACUUCUCAAUGGGAUUAAUGGUUGGAGCCUGGAUCACGCCUUGCAAGAACGUAAUGAGGCUGCUGCAGCUAUUGCCGUGAGUGUAACACGAGAUCGGCGCUAUCAAUCAUACAUGGCACAGCAUGAACCUGCUUGGCUUCACCAACUGCUGUCUCUGGAAGCUUCUUCCAACUAG